CGGCACCGGCGGGAGGGCGCGGCGCCGCCCGCGCUCCCGGGACAAAGCGCGGCCAUGAGCCGGGUGUAGGCCCCCGGGACCCAGCCGCCGCUCUGCUCCGCUCCCUUCGGCCGCCGUGGGGGCUCGGAGUAGGGGGUCUCUUGUCGCGGGGUGGAUGCCGGCUGGGGCCGGCCGCGCCCGGUACCAUGCACACCGUGCAGAAGGACACCACCUUCACAAAGAUCUUCGUUGGGGGGCUGCCCUACCACACCACCGACUCCUCCCUCAGGAAGUACUUCGAGGUCUUCGGGGACAUCGAGGAGGCGGUGGUGAUCACCGACCGGCAGACGGGCAAAUCCCGGGGAUACGGCUUUGUGACCAUGGCAGACAGAGCUGCAGCUGAAAGAGCAUGCAAAGACCCGAAUCCCAUCAUUGAUGGCAGGAAAGCAAACGUGAACCUGGCAUAUUUGGGAGCAAAACCAAGGAGUAUUCAAACUGGUUUUACCAUAGGUGUGCAGCAGCUACAUCCAGCCUUCAUUCAGAGACCCUUUGGACUGGCACCUCACUACGUUUACCCCCAAGCUAUCAUCCAGCCCAGCGUGGUGAUCCCUACCCCUGUGCAGUCCAUCACCUCUCCCUACAUCGACUACACCGCCGCCAGCCAAGCCUAUUCCCAGUACACCACAGCUGCCUACGACCAAUACCCCUACGCUGCCUCCCCCGCUGCCGGCUUCGUGGGAUACGGCUACACGGGGGCGGUGCAGCCCCCCAUCACCGCCAGCACCCCCGCAGCCCCCGCCACUGCCUUCGUGCAGUACCAACCCCAGCAGCUGCAGCCCGACCGCAUGCAGUGAGGGCCCCGCAUCGCCUUAGGCACCCAGGACAAUCUGUUACCAUGGAAAGGUGCGACUAGGACUGACAACGGCAACAAAACCAGAAUAAAAGAAACGAAAGAAAUCAGACCCGCCCCUUUGUCCCCUUUAUGUAGGUGCAUAUCAAUACCUUAAGCUAUUUAUAGUGUUAAGGGCAAAACCCUUGCAGUCUGACCCGUGCUCAUGAAAAAUGGACUUCUGGUAAGUUGAUUUGUUGGGUUUUGUUUUGUUUUCAAUCCGGACAGAUAUUGUCUUGAAGAUGUUCUAAAAGUGACUGAAAUGUUUCACAAGAAAAGUACAGAUUCUUGCACACAUGGCAGUCUGCUCCCAUCACCUGUGGUCAUCUUCCCAGCCCUACCCCGUCAGACCUCCCCUCCUCAUCAAACCUGCAAGCCUCUUAAUUACUGUUAGUACAGAGGUACUCGAAGAACAUGGAAAAAAAGCAAUCUUAUUUUUUGGUUGUACAAAAACUUUGUAAUACUCAGAGAUGCCUUACAGAAAAAAAAAAGCGAAAGAAAAAGAAACUAUUUUUUAAUAUUUAUUGCGAUUUUAUUCGCAUGAGCUGUGAAUUGCAGACAGAAGAAUAGUAGUAAGUAUCUGCCUUGUUUAAUUCUCAUUUUACUAAAUUAUUGUAUGUAGGUAAAUGCUGAAUCACUUCAACAUGCAAAAGGGAAUAUUGGCUUGAAGGAGAGCAGAAUAUUCCUUUAGUCAACGCACUGUACUAUUUUCUUAUUGUAAUUGUUACUCUGUUAAGAUUAUCUCAAAUUUAGGUAUAUUUUUAAAUGCAAAAAAACAACCAAGAAUACCGAACAUUUUGUCUACUUUGGUAGAUCUUUUGUUACAAUGCUGCAACCUAUGGAGACAUUUACAGUAUUUAUGUAAAAGUGAUCUGGAGCUGUUGGCCAGGAAAGCUUAGGAGAAUAUCAUGAGUGGAGCAAAAGAGAAGAAGGUGUUAUGUCACUGAACAAAUGGGUAAACGUAACCUUUUUAUGCCUAUAAUCCAACAGCCAAAUAAAGGAAGAGAACAGAUGAUGUAAGUUAAGUGCAUUUCUACAAAAAACAGCAAUAAACUAUUUUAACUUUUAAAAUUA